AUGGCAUAUGACCGCGAGUUCCCUUACAGUCAAUUUUUACUUANUACUGGGGAAAAGAUGACCAAUUUGUUGAAGACGUCUAGAGAAAUGACCAUCAAUGGGUUGUCGAUGGUGGGUGAGGUUACAGCCAUUGUGACCUCUUUGUGGCGUGCAUUGGGGCUUCAAUCAUUUGGGCGACAACUUAGAGUAGACGAGUACGAUGAGGAAGAGCCAUCAUGGGUCAAUGAUAGGCGGGGGCUACUCCAAGCCACUGGUGCUAACGUUAACGCCGAUCUGAUAGUGGCUAAAGAUGGAAGUGGAAAGUAUACGACAAUCACUGAAGCUCUUCAAGAGGUCCCGAAGUUUAGCAAUAAAACCUUUAUUAUUUAUGUUAAGGAAGGAGUUUAUGAAGAGCCAGUAUUGGUUGACAAAUCCAUGACCUAUGUCAUGAUGAUUGGAGAUGGAAUGGAUAAGACCAAGAUCACUGGUAGCAAGAAUUUCAAGGAUGGAGUAAACACAUUCAAAACUGCUACCGUUGCGGUCGAUGGGGUCAACUUCAUUGGAAAAGACUUAUGUUUCGAGAAUUCGGCUGGGGCUGAAAAACAUCAGGCCGUGGCACUUCGAGUUCAAUCCGACAUGUCCAUCUUCUACAAUUGUAGAAUGGAUGGCUAUCAAGAUACUCUCUACGCCCACACCCACCGUCAAUUCUACCGAGAUUGCAUCAUCACUGGCACCAUCGACUUCAUCUUUGGCAACGCUGCUGUCGUGUUCCAGAAUUGUAAGAUCUUUGUGAGGAAGCCAUUAGAGAAUCAACAAUGCAUUGUCACUGCCCAAGGCCGAACCGAGAGGAAAGAGCCCACCGGUAUCAUACUCCAGAACUGCGUCAUCUCUUCUGACCCUGAGUACUUUCCUGUUCGCCAUAUCAGCAAGUCCUACCUCGGCCGCCCAUGGAAGGAAUACUCAAGAACCAUCAUCAUGCAAUGCCAAAUCGACGACUUGAUACAGCCUGAAGGGUGGCUUCCAUGGGAAGCCGAUUUUGGUCUGAAGACUCUGUUUUACUCAGAGUUCGAAAAUAGAGGACCUGGUGCAGCAACACAGAAUCGAGUUAAGUGGAGGGGAAUUAAACAAAUCUCAGCAAAGCACGCCCUUGACUUCACCCCUGCAUUCUUUAUUCAUGGUAAUAGUUGGAUCAAGCGCACUGGAGUACCAUAUAGUCCGGGUAUGAUGGUAGUGUAA